AUGAGGAAAACAACCUUAUUACCGCUUAUCGAGUUCUCUUUCUACACCAUCUCCUUCCUCCUCCUCCUCUUCAGUCAUGCAAACUCUGAGCUCAAUGAUCAAGAACAAGCAGUCCUACUGAACCUAAAGCAACACUGGCAAAACCCACAGCCUCUCGGCCACUGGACCCCGUCAAACUCCUCCUCCCACUGUUCUUGGCCAGAGAUCAACUGCACUGAUGGCUCAGUCACUGGACUAUCCCUCAAAAACCUGAAUAUCAUUGCGCGGAACAGUCCCACCCUUCAUAACUACUUUGUUGGCACAGUCCCUGAUGAUAUUUACCUAAUGUCUCGGCUUCGUGAGCUCAACCUUGGAGCCAACAACUUCUCUGGUAACAUCACAGCUUCUAUCAAGCGGUUAACAGAGCUGAGGUCACUUCAACUUUUUGCAUGUCAGUUUAACGGUUCUUUCCCGCCAGAAAUUGGCAACUUGUCCAAUCUUGAACGACUAGAAUUGGCCUACAUGACGACGAUCAUGCCAGCAAGGUUGCCUUCGGAGUUCACAAAGUUGAAGAAACUGACGCAUCUUUGGGUGACAGGCUCCAAUUUGGUUGGAGAAAUACCAGACACGACCGGAGAAAUGGCGGCACUUGAGCAUUUGGAUUUGUCAAGGAACAAUCUCUGUGGUAAAAUCCCGAGCGGUUUGUUUCUGCUGAAAAAUUUGAAUGUAGUGUACCUUUACAAAAACAAAUUGUCCGGCGAGAUUCCUCAGGUCGUUGAGGCUUUAAAUAUAGACGUUAUUGAUCUAUCCAAGAAUAACUUGACCGGAACAAUACCCGAUGAUUUUGGAAGACUAACCAAACUAUCAGGUCUGGGUUUGUUUAUCAAUCAAUUAUCUGGAAAAAUUCCAGAUAGCAUAGGCCGUCUUCUGAGGCUAAUAAAUUUUAAUUUGUUUAGCAACAAUUUAUCAGGUACUCUACCUCCAGACCUUGGGCAGUUUUCUAAGCUUGAAGAGUUUCAGGUGUCUUCCAAUAGGCUUUCUGGCCAGCUACCACAACACUUGGGUGAUAAUGGAAGGUUGGUAGGAGUGGUUGCUUUCGACAACGACCUCAGUGGUAAAUUGCCCCAGUCGCUUGGAAAUUGUAACAAUUUGAUUAUUGUUAAUGUUCAUAAUAAUAGGUUUUCUGGGAAUGUUCCUAGUAGCCUAUGGACAUUAUUCAAUUUGAGCAUCUUGAUGUUAAGCAACAAUUCAUUUACAGGUGAACUUCCUAAGAGAGUGUCAUGA